AUGGUUGCCUGCCUCCUUUGCCUUCUAUUUGCCUGCAAUCUUCUGCCAGUCCUCUUGGCUGGCAAAGGUUCUUCCUGUGUCUUCCCAUUUGUCUUUAAUGGGAGGCCAUAUUCAUCUUGCACUAGAGAUGGAGCCAUUGAUGAGCAGCUCUGGUGCAGCACAACAUCUAAUUAUGACACAGAUGGCCUGUGGAAGCCCUGUGUUCUUCAAGAGCAUGGAGGCAAUUCUGGAGGCAAAUCCUGUGUGUUUCCCUUUGUCUACAAAAACCAGACAUUCUACACAUGUACCAAAGAGGAGAAGGGAAGAUUCUGGUGUGCCACCACAAGAAACUAUGACAAGGAUCUGGAGUGGAGCUAUUGUGCUGACACCAGAUUAGAUGCCAAUCCUAAGGGACCCUGUGUCUUUCCUUUCAUCUUCAACCACACGUCUUAUUCAUCAUGCACAACAGAUGGAAUUUCUAAUAAGAAGCCAUGGUGCUCCCUUACCAAGAACUAUGAUAUUGACUUUCAAUGGACCUAUUGUGAACCUUCUGGUAGGAUGGUGGCAUGCAAAGGAUUUAUUGUCUAUUUCUUUGUGCUGAGUGAGGUUAUGUUUACAUGA